CGGAAUAAUGCACCAACACCACAAUCACCACCAAAAGAGCCCAGUUCGUAUAGGGAUGGGGUAAGUUCUCUUUGUUCACCUUUACGGUGUAUUUUGAGCUCACAGUACUGGAGAUGUCGCGGUAUAAAACCUUCGUGAGCCCGUUCGCCAAGGUGUUUUUGGGGGCCAUCUUCACGUACCAGGUGAUUUACUGGACAUGGUUGAAACUGGAGACGGAUGAGAUCAAAGUUGAAAAGAAUAGUGCGUUUUUCCCCCCUUUACCAUGGGUAUUGACAGUGACUAAUGGUUGACAGAAGAGGUUGCAGCGUUGGAGAAGAAGGCUAGAGAUUUGACGAGCACGGC